AUGGACGACCAAGCGCCAUCUGCUGCCGCUGACGGCCGAUUUCAUGCUGAGGGAAACUUUUUCCAUCCUUUAGUACUUGUUACCGGUUCUCAAUCAGCAUCAGCGGCCAGCAGCGAAAAAACGCCUCUGUUUCUGGUAUGCGAAAAUCCAAAUGACUUCCAGUUGGUGGUCGUGCAGAUAAAAGCAAAUCGAAAAUCCGUCGUUUUCGCUGGACCGUCACUUACGCUCAAGAACCUCGUUAAAAAUGCGCCGUGUUUGAAAGAGGUCUGUUAUCCGUUGCUACCUCUGCGUCUACCACCAUCAUUGGAAAUGUUCAGCUACCCCUGCGAUGACUGUUUGCCACGAUGCUUAUUUCGUCCGUGA